ACCGGUAACACGACGGCAGGGCGGACAGGACGGGAUAACAGGAACUAAAACCGGUAGGUGGGUUGUCUGGUUGUGGGGAGAGAGAAAAGUAACUUUUCCCCCGGUAGAUCGCAUACCGUAUAUCUAAUAAAGACAUUUUUUAGCUUCAAGUUUAGACUAGCGUUAUACUAGUCACCUACCUACCUUUGUACCUACCUUUUUAUCUUAUACCUAUUCAUCCUUAUCUACAUAACUUAUGCUAGCUAUGCAGUCAUACCUAGCAUACCUAUCACCUGUACAAUGUCCCCACAUAUGUGAGGUCAGUUUAAAGUGAAGCUCGAACCGCAUAGGGCAGCUAAACAUCAACCUCGAAACCUAAAAAUUACUUCUUUUCCCAGGUACCUUUUAUACAAUACAUUUAUAUGAUACAUCAUUACCCAAAUAAACUAAAUAAACUAAAUACCCAAACGUAUGGCUUACAGAAUGGCACCUCCCAGGUCAGCUUUAGACUUCCUGGACUUUGUAAACGCCUCUCCUACACCAUAUCAUGCCGUUCAUAAUUCCAUCGAACGGCUAGCCAAAGCCGGUUUCGCUCCCGUAAGGGAACGUGAUAACUGGUCUUCCACCCUUCGACCAGGUGGGAAAUACUAUAUGACCCGAAAUGGUUCGACCAUUGUCGCGUUUGCCAUAGGUGCCAAAUGGAAGCCUGGAAACCCCAUUGCCAUGCUCGGUGCUCACACUGACUCUCCAUGUCUGCGCGUGAAGCCCGUGAGCAAGAAGAGCAGCGUUGGUUUCAUGCAGGUUGGCGUCGAAACCUAUGGCGGCGGCAUCUGGCAUAGCUGGUUCGACAGAGACUUGUCCAUUGCCGGCCGUGCGUUGGUUAAGGAUGGAAAGGGAAACUUCGUUCAAAAGCUUGUUAAAGUCGACCGCCCCAUUAUCCGCAUCCCCACCCUCGCUAUUCAUCUUGAUCGGUCAUCCGAGUUUAACCCUAAUAAGGAGACCGAGCUAUUCCCCAUUGCCGGCAUGGUGGCCGCUGAGCUGAACAGGGCGGGCAAGAGUGAAACCCCUAAGCCGACAGAAGCAAAGGAGGACCCCGAGGAAACUUUCCAGCCUCUUAAAGAAAUAACCGAUCGCCACCAUCCUUACAUUAUCGAGCUAAUUGCCGAGCACGCUGGGGUUCAAGUGGCUGAUGUAGUCGAUUUUGAAAUGGUCCUCUACGACGUCCAAAAAUCUUGCCUUGGUGGCUUGAACGAGGAAUUCAUCUACUCUGCCAGGCUAGACAACCUAAACAUGACAUACUGUAGCGUGAUGGGAUUAAUCAAUUCUGUUUCGUCUCGAAGCCUUGAUGAUGAGACCAGUAUUCGCCUAAUCACCUGCUUUGACCAUGAGGAGAUCGGCUCUACAUCGGCUCAAGGCGCUAAUUCGGAUUUGUUACCUGCAGUUGUCCGUCGACUAUCUAUCCUCGCUGGAAAGGGGCACGGGGACUCGGCAUCAGACAAGUCUUGGGAACAUAUUAGCUCGGACCCCGAGAUCGAUCUCUCGACUGCCUUUGAGCAGACGAUGGCGGCAUCUUUCUUGGUCUCGGCCGACAUGGCCCAUUCGGUCCAUCCUAAUUAUGUUGGAAAAUAUGAAUCCAACCACCAACCCGAGAUAAACAAAGGGGUUGUAAUUAAGAUCAAUGCAAACCAGCGCUAUGCCACGAACUCUCCUGGAAUUGUUUUGUUGCAAGAGGUCGCAAAGCGUGCGAGUGUACCUUUGCAGCUAUUCGUCGUAAGGAAUGACUCGUCUUGCGGCAGCACCAUCGGCCCUAUGCUGUCUGCUAAACUCGGUGUCCGGACAUUGGAUCUGGGUAAUCCUCAACUGAGUAUGCACAGUAUUCGUGAAACGGGGGGGACCUACGAUAUCGAGCACGCGAUUAAGCUCUUUGACGGAUAUCUAUCGGACUAUUCAGAUCUUGAGGCUAAAAUAUUUGUCGAUUAGGACGGAGGUAUGUCUCUUAUCACGUACCAUCCCUUCAAGCAGAGCACGCGAUGUAUAGUAACAUAAGAGCAAUGACAAGUAUAAACUAUAAACAGCGCUGGUGCCUGAGCAAAGACUAUACUCGGUAACUACAUCUCGGACUGAGAAAGUUGAAAGUGUUGGGUCGAUCAGAAAUAUAAUGUUCACUAACUA